AUGACGCACAAUAUUCAUGUACCUCUCGAGAUUACCCUUCAGAUACUGGAGGCAGACAUACCUCCAGGCCGUCCCAAUCGCAUCCUCGAUGUUUCAGAACCCAGUAUGCAGCAGCUUCUCACUUGGACCAAACAUUGCAUAUACUUCGACUCCGCUUCUCGUUUACGAAGGUUUUUACAAUGCCUGGGUGCGGAAGAAGAUGGAGCAUCACCCUCUACUCUCCCCAAGACUAUGCGACUGUGUGAUGUGUCAGCAGUUUAUCUGGGCCUCGGCAUGGAGGAAAUUCAGACUGUCGAGACGAACGCAACAAUCAGGGAUCUACUCAUCACACUCGGUGGCUCGGUACGCCGUCUCAUCGUUGACCUGCCCUACCGCAGGAUUGCACAGGAACACACUAUCGAUCCACACAUAGAUACUUUGUUCUCUCGGGGUCUACGAGCACUCACCAACCUUGAAGAGCUUACGACAUUGGGCGGUCUACCUUCACUGGAGUUUUGGAGAGACGGGUAUGAUAUUGGUCAAACGUGGCCAAAGCUGCGUCGAGUAGCUGGCUUCAAGAUGAACCUGGCUGAGGAAGCGCUUUGGUCCAACGUCGCCAGAGAUCGUACCAUUGAACAUCUUGUAAUAACCAUGCCAUAUGUUUUGCGUCGGAAUAGGUGGAACAUCAAACGGGCAAUUGGCGGGAAAGAAUGGAAUAAUGAACAAGGUGGUGACUCUACGAAUGCUAGACCUCUCAAAGUUGUCAUCGCCCAGCACGAGUAUACUGCCCCCAUGCUCGACACACAAGAUGAAAACCUAUACGACCCCGAGGGGUUCAUCGAUUUGUCUAGGUUUGAGAUACCCGUCAUUGCAAAAAGGGUUGACUGGUUAUGCAAGGACUGGCUAGUCAGGUCGGCCAAAGACGAUACCCUCUGGGGAUGA